AUGAUUGAUACACCCUCACCCUAUCACCACCAAGAUGACUAUAACGGCUCUCAUCACGACGCAAUAAUAGAUGAUCAUCAUCAUGAUGGUUCCUACACAAAUACAUCCUCAGCAUAUGGUGGUAUAAAACACAAGAAAGAAUUACCAGAAAUUGAAUUGUGGUUAUGUUCCAAGCUGAAUACAGACUGGAGUUCGGAUCGUAUCGCAUCCCAAAUCAAUGAAGAAACACUAGAGUUGUUCUUGACAGACUCUACUCAUCAUAACUAUGAAAAUUUUUAUAAUUUGGGUGUUUCAAACUCUCCACUGAUAAAACUUCGAUUCAUAAUGUGUUGCCUUUCUGUAAAGAAGAAGCAAAUGUCUCCUACAUUGGCAUCUCACUUUUGUACAUUAUUCAAGAAUAUUAUCGAGAGUACCCAUGGAGAAGAUGAUUGGGUUAGAAUGAUGGCAGAAAUACUGUACUUAUUCCCAGAACAUUCAUGUAUUAGAACUGAUAUUCAAACUAGUAUCCUGAAUGAAUUGGCUAUUAGUGCCCCUAUUGAGCAAGAAGAUUCUCCUCAACGAUAUUUCCAACAAGCUAUCAAGUAUUUCCGUAAUUUAUCACUAAAGGAUGAAGAUAAUGAUGCUCAUAUGAUGAACGAUGAUUCUAAAAACUCCCAAUCUCCUUUUGCUACUCUUAAACCAAACGUUUUCAAAUAUUUGAACGUUUCCUCUGAGGGCAAUGAACAACUCACAAAAGAAUUCAACGAAAAGAAACACUACUUGGAAGAGAUGGCUAAUGGCCGAUCCUUGUACAGUUCUCACUCAUGUAGUUUAGUUUCUAACAAACAUUUCAACCUAAGACCAUCUGCUUGUAAAAAUUUAAUUGAACCGCUUUCUGUUCUUGAUGAAUUGGAGAGUGAGUCUGCUAAGAAGAAUGUUGGAGUUAAACUUUCUCCUCUUAAAAAACUUACUCCAACUAGACCACAAACAUACAAUUCUAAUACCCACACACCAACAAGUGCAACUAUGUUAAAUAAGAACAAACUCACUGGUAUCAAGAAAAUUAACAAUCUACCUUCCACACCUAAGACAACCCUUAUCAAAAAUCCUCCUACUCAUGGUACACAACUCAUUUCUACUCCUGUUUCGUCAGCUUCCACAUCGAGAUCAGUUUUUCUAGAUGACUCUGUUGCUCUUCAAAGAAUGAAAGAACAACAAUUAAAUGAAAAGAAGAGAACCUCCACCAAACAAAUGACAGAUGAACAAAAGGUUCAAGAAAAAGAAAGAAAGAAGAUUGAAAAGAUUGAGAUGAAGGAAAAGAAGGAAAAAGAAAAAAUCGAGAAGAAGAAAGCAAAGGAAGAAGCUAAGAAGAAACAGGCCGAAGAAAGAAAGGUUGCUGCACAACAAGCUCAAUUAGCAAAUGGUGCAGGUCCUGGUAGAAAGAGAAGAAAGAACAAUCCUGCUAAUGCUCAACAAGGUAUGCCACAAGGUGCUGAUAAUAUGAUGCCACAAGCUCAAGAUCCUAAUAUUAAUCAACCAAUGCAUGCCAAUCCUACUAACCCUCAUCAACAAGCAUUAUUCAGUACAACACUCAUGAAUCAUACUGCACCUUAUCUUACUCCAAUGUUUAAUCCUGGUACUCCUGGAGGAUUUUCACACUUCCCUCAAAAUCAAUAUUCCAACAUGUCUGGCUUGUUGACAAAUCCAUUCUUUGCCAAUCAACAAAAUCCUUCUCAACCCACAAGUCAACAACCUGGAUUAAUGGCUCCUCCAGGAGUAUUACCUGGUGGUAUUGGAAAGGGACAAGAAAGCUUUACUCAAUUACUAGGUAUUAAUUCUUCUCAACCAUCUAAUGCUCGACCUCCAACCAACAAUUUAUUACCUUCCAUUGGUAACCCUGCAUUCCCUAACAUGAUGGGAUUCCACCAACAACCUGAUAAUAACACUAUGAAUGGAUUGAAUAAUCAAAUGAUGAUGAUGAGUAGGCCUCAAGCUAAUCCAAAUCAAAUGAGACAACCACAAUAUCCACCAAAUUAUCAACAACCAUUCGAAAAUACUCAAGUACAACAACAGCCACAACCAACUCAACAACCUCCACAACAACCUCAAGCAAAUGAUGAAGAAAGAAGACAAAGAGUUGAACUUUAUUUGAACACAAAUAUUUUGAAAGAUUGUAAUCGUGUGACUGAGGAAACUAGAACUAAGAUUUUCCAAUUUCUUACUGGUCGUGUUCCUGAUGAUGGCCUUCUUGAAGACAAAGUUCUUAUUCACGAAGAAUAUGGCAAUGACGAAAAGAGACAAAUAUUCUUCCAUAUGGAUCACACAAACAGAAAAUGGAAAAAGAUUAUGCAAAAGCAAAGUAACCAACCAACACUUGGUAUGGAGUAA